AAGAUGGUGGUCACCAAGGGUGUGACGGAGGCGGCAAGAGUGGCUAACGUGGAUCAGAAGUAUAAGCAUCUGGUGUCACAUGACCAGCAGUUCAUGCAGCAAUGCAUACUGAUCUGAGUCUGACGUGCUCUUCCAGUGUUAUCCAGGGCCAAGAAUGGUGCGCUGACUUGAAGGUUUUCCGCAUGCACGGGCUGUAAUCUUCAGCUUGGCAUCUUUCCUGUAGAUGAAUAUAUCUUCAGCUGGUCUGAUGUGAUCUUCGUACCAUGUUGAUUCCACGUCUCCAUGCAACCGCAACCGCACACUCCAUCUAUCGGCGGCGGUCGGCGUCGGCACCACCGUGGCCGACUCCAUCCAUCUGGCCCCGGCCGCUUAACCCAGCGCCGCCACCUGUCCCGUCCCCUGCACCGCCUGCGAGAUCACCGCAGUGGAUUCGCGCCAACGCACCGGUCAGCAGAAGCGGCGUGCCAACACAACACCGGUGAGGCGGUCACCGCUGAUCAGCGGCUACGUAUAGAUAGCCAUGGCAGGCACGCAGCUCGUUGCGGCACCGGCACCCGUGCUAGGAGAGCAGCUGAUCGACCAACAAUGGAGGCCGCCGUCGCGUACCUCCUCCUCCUCCCGCUCGCCACCUGCGCCAUGCUCCUCCCACUCCUCCUGCUGCUCCCGGCCCUUCGGCCGUCCAAGGCCAGCCGCCUCCCGCUGCCCCCGUCCCCGCCGGCCGUCCCGGUGCUCGGCCCGCUGCUCUGGCUCUGGCGCGCGCGCUCCCGCCUCGAGCCGGCCAUCCGCGAACUGCACCGCCGCCACGGGCCAGUCCUCUCCCUCGGCUUCCUCUCCCCGCGCCCCGCCGUCUUCGUCUCCGGCCGCCGCGUCGCCCACCGCGCGCUCGUCCAGCGCGGACACGCAUUCGCCAGCCGCCCGCCCGCCAUCGCGCCCUUCGUCGUCCUCACUUCCGCCCAGCGCACUGUCAGCUCCGCGCCCUACGGCCCGCUCUGGCGCUCUCUCAGGCGGAACCUCACCUCCGGCGUCCUCCACCCCGCACGCGUCGCAGGCCUUUUCGCGCCCGCGCGGCGCUGGGCGCUCGCGAUCCUCGCCUCCGACCUCGAGGACGAGUCGUCCCGGAGCGAGGGAGGCGUGGUGACCGCCGUCGAGUGCCUCCAGUUCGCAAUGUUCUCGCUGCUCACGUACAUGUGCUUCGGAAGCAAGCUGCCGGCCGGCCGCGUACGGCAGAUCGAGGCCGUGCAGAGGGAGCUCUUCUCCUCCUACAUCGGCUUCCAGGUCUUCGCCUUCUGCCCGGCGCUCACCACGAGGCUAUUCCGGCGCCGGUGGCGGAAGGUGCUGUCCAUCCGCAGUAAGCAGGAGGAGCUGUUCCUGCCACUGAUCACAGCAAGAAGAGAACGGAGCGUGCUGACGGCUAACGGCGACGACGGCAGCCUGGCGCACUGCUACGUCGACACGCUCCUCGCGCACCGGCUCCCCAAGGAGGAAGAGGAUGGCGGCGAGCGCGCGCUGACCGACGCCGAGAUGGUGAGCCUAUGCACGGAGUUCCUCACCGCCAGCGUCGACACCACGGUGACCGCACUGCAGUGGAUCAUGGCGAACCUGGUCCGGCAACCGGAGAUCCAGGCGAGGCUACAGGACGAGAUCGACGCGGCGAUCACCGACGACCAUGACGCCGUCGCGGAGGAGGACCUCUCGAGCAUGCGCUACCUGAAGGCGGUUGUCCUGGAGGGGCUGCGGCGACACCCGCCGGCGCACUUCCUGCUGUCGCACGCGGCGCCGACGGAGGCGUCGCUGGACGGGCUCCGCGUGCCGGCGGCCACGUCGGUGAACUUUUCGGUGGCGGACGUGUCACUUGACGAGGAGGUAUGGGGCCAGCCAGAGGAGUUCAGGCCGGAGCGGUUCCUGGACGGCGGGGAGGGCGCCGGGGUGGACCUGACGGGGAGCCGGGAGAUCAGGAUGAUGCCGUUCGGGGCCGGCCGGAGGAUCUGCCCCGGCCUCGGGCUGGCGAUGCUGCACCUGGAGUUCUUCGUGGCCAACCUGGUGAGGCGGUUCGAGUGGUCUGCUGCGGAGGACGGCGGCGGCGUCGACCUCGCCGAGAGGCCGGAGUUCACGGUGACCAUGGAGCGGCCGCUGCGCGCGCGCGUGGCGCCCAGACGCCCCCGGGAGUUAUUUACCCAAAACCAUCACACUUGGGGCCAGGCGAAACCGACAAGUGGGGCCUGCCUGUCGGGCUGACGUGGUGUGCCUAGGUGGACAAUUUGCUGAGUUGGAUGGGGUCCCACAUGUCAAUGACUCGAGUGUUUAUCCUUUUUUCAAUUUUCUCUUUAUUUUCUCAUAGGCAUUUCAACAAACAGGCUAUGUGCGUGUCUGUCAGGGGCACCACGACCAGGCGAGGACGCGCGGUGGCGCACUGGGAAGCCGGCCGAUACAGCUGCGGCAAGAAGAUGCUCGGGGGCGCCCAUGGUGGUCUUCCAUGGUUGUCAAGGCGGCGGUGGGCUCGAGCGCAAAGGACGGUGAUGUAGUGCCAGGAAGACGAUGUCAGACUCGCCGCCGCGGCCGGAGAUGCCUUGCACGGCGCGCGCUAGCGCAGGCGCGGCCAGAGCCUCCCUAUGCACCGCCGCGGUGUCGACGGACGCUGUACAGCAGCUCCAGCGCCGCCCGCGUGCGUGCUCCGAGCCCAACGCGCAUCCGCCUCCAUUAGCCCGAGCAGUACGCCCCGCACUAGUCGCGCCGCCCGAUGCUUCUUCCGCCACCCAG